AUGGCGGCACGACUCGGAGGUGGCUUGCUCCUCGUAGCAGUCAUCUGCGUGGCGGCGGCGUGCGUUCCGACGGGCUGCGCGCAGCCUCCUCCGCCGACGAAGGCGCAGCUGCGCGCGGAGCUGCAGAGCAUGGCGAAGAGCAUCGUGAAGCGGUACCCCCAGUACUCGCGAUACGCGCAGGACGCCACCAAAUACAUCAACCUCGCACAUCCAUUCACCGCCUUUUCCUUCUCCCCUCUCUCGCCGCCCUUGCCUUCCCAUGCAGUGAACUCCAAGUACGACCUGUCGGCGCUGCGAGACGCGUCCAUUCUCAUCCCCAACAACGUGCAGGCAGAAGCCCUCGCUAAGAGAAUCCCCGCUAAGAGCAGCAGCAUCCCCACACUGUACAACAUCACAGCGUUCCACAUCCUGCGCCGCCGAAUGACCCUCCCGCAGAUGAGGCAGGUGAAGCUGCGGACAGCGAUAGGCACUCAGCUCAGGCAGCCGCUCUUUAAGAUGACGCCGAUGGGAAACAACAGCGCUGUGUCGUUUGCUGAAGGGCCGUACUUGAAGGCAGACCAGUGGACCACUUUUCGCAUCCCGGGGCUGUACUUGAGCAGAUGGUUCAUUGCCCAUGGGGUGGAUCGGGUGAUCAUCCCGACUUAUACCAAAGUAUGA